GUCAAUGUCAAAUAUUGAUGCCAACUUGCUUGGCUAUUUUUUAUUAUAUUAUUGUAAUUCUUGUUCGUAUAAAAAGAAAUGUGCGAUAAAAUAGUAAUUAGUGACGAUUAGUGGAUACGUUAUUUGUUCUUCCAGAAACAAACCUUCAAGGAAAAUGGCAAGUCCAUCUCCCCAAAACAGCCCGAUGCCCCCUCCUCAGGCGCCCAGUCCGAUGGGCCCUCCUCCAUCCCAAAGCCCCGCUCCCCCUUCCCCCGUACCGCAACCCCAAUACCAAAACGCACCGCCCCAACAAACCUCCUACCCCAACCCGUACCCAGGCCAUCCCCAACUGCCCCCCGGACAAGACCACCCGCCCGUACACGGCCCGCCCCACCACCAAUACCCCCAAGCCAACAUGGGCUACCCCCCGCAAGGCCCUCCUCCCGGACACCUGCCCCCCCAGGGCCACGUUUUAUCCCAAGGACACGUGCCCCCUCAGGGGCACCUUCCCCCACAAGGACAUGUACCACCACAAGGUCACGUUCCCCCACAAGGACACGUUCCCCCACAAGGGCACGUCCCCCCACAAGGACAUGUACCACCACAAGGGCAUGUACCACCACAAGGACACGUUCCCCCACAAGGACACGUUCCCCCACAAGGACACGUUCCCCCUCAAGGGCAUGUUCCCCCGCAAGGGCAUCCACCGCACGGACACGUCCCCCCGCAAGGGCACAUGCCUCCGCAGGGCCAUCAGCUACCUCAAGGGCAUCCGGGGAACGCUCAAAACCUCGGCCCGCCGCCGCUCGGUCACCAAGGGCCCCCGCAGGGCCAUCCGCAUCCGCCUCAACCGGCCGGCCAUCCGGGGCACUAUCCGGGUCAUCCGAUGAAUCAAAAUCCUUCGGCUCCGGGCGGGCAGCCGCUUCCGGGACGACCGGCAGAUAAUUUACACGCCCUUCAGAAAGCCAUCGAUACAAUGGAGGAAAAGGGCCUGCAGGACGAUCAGAGAUAUUCGCAGUUGUUGGCCCUUCGGGCCAGAUCAAAUGCGGUCGCUGGCAAUGGCGUUUUGUCGCCUUUGCAAAUGAACCAGCUCAGAAAUCAAAUUAUGGCUUACAGAUGUCUGUCGAGGAACCAGCCGAUUCCGCAUUCUAUUUUACUGGGAUUGCAAGGUAAAAGGGCGGACGGGUCGCCGCAGUUCCCAACGCCUCCGUCUAGCCCUUUUCAACCGCAGGGAGCCGGUCCGAAUCCGGUCGGUGAGCAACCUCCACCGGUCGAAGCUGUUCCGGUGGAUCCAGCCGCUGGAAAUCCUGUACAAGGUCCUCAAAAUGCUCCGAAUCAACAGCGAGGACCGGGCGGUCAAUUGGUCCCCGGCAAACAGACCCGGUUCACCACCAUGCCGAAACCCUGCGGGAUCGAUCCUCUGGUGUUGCUGCAGGAACGCGAGAACCGAGUCGCUGCUAGAAUAGCCGCUCGAAUCGAACAAGUCAGCAAUCUGCCGCCCAACGUUCCGGAGAAGUUGAGAAUCCAGGCUCAGAUCGAGCUGAGGGCGCUGCGAUGCCUCAAUUUCCAACGGCAGCUCAGAAGCGAAAUAUUGAACUGUAUCAGGAAGGAUAGCGCGUUGGAGACCACGGUGAACGUUAAGGCUUAUAAAAGGACCAAAAGGCAGGGUUUGAGAGAAGCCAGAGCGACGGAGAAAAUCGAGAAGCAACAGAAAUUGGAAGCGGAACGGAAACGAAGGCAGAAGAAUCAAGAAUUUUUGAACGCCAUAUUGAACAACGGUAAGGAGUUCAAGGAAUUCCACAAACAAAACCAAGCGAAAUUGGCCAAAAUCAACAAAGCCAUUAUCAAUUACCACGCCAACGCCGAAAGAGAGCAGAAAAAGGAGCAAGAACGAAGAGAAAAGGAACGUAUGAUAAGAUUGAUGGCGGAAGACGAAGAAGGUUACAGGAAACUAAUCGAUCAGAAAAAAGACAAGCGUUUGGCGUUCUUGCUCUCGCAAACCGACGAAUACAUCAGCAAUCUAACGGAGAUGGUGAAGCAGCACAAAUUGGAGCAAACGAACAAGAAGCGCGAGGAGGAGAAGCGGAAGAAGAAGCAACAGAGGAUGCUACAACCCGAUAGAAAAGUUACUGUGUUAGAAACGGCGACGGGCAAGAAACUCCAAGGCGAAGGCGCUCCGACUUACAGACACCUGCAGGAGUGGCUGAUGCAACAUCCCGGUUGGGAAAUGGUCGAUACCGACGACGAGGAAGAAACCGAGAAGAAAGAGGAAACCGAGGAGAAUAAAGAUGUCGAUGAUGCUAAAGAUGUUAUUAAAAAAGCUAAGCUCGAAGAUGAUGAAUAUCACAAAAACGAAGAACAAACUUAUUAUAGUAUAGCGCAUACGGUGCACGAGGUUGUAACGGAGCAAGCUUCGAUUAUGGUGAACGGGUUGCUGAAGGAGUACCAAGUCAAAGGACUGGAAUGGAUGGUUUCGUUGUACAACAACAAUCUCAACGGUAUACUAGCAGACGAGAUGGGUUUGGGUAAAACCAUUCAAACCAUCGGUCUCAUUACGUACUUGAUGGAGAAGAAGAAACUGAACGGACCGUUUUUAAUUAUCGUGCCUUUAUCGACGAUUUCGAACUGGAUGUUGGAAUUCGAAAAAUGGGCACCUACGGUUGUUGUAAUAUCGUACAAAGGCUCGCCCGGGGUGAGACGGGUGAUCCAAAGUCAAAUGAGAGCGGCCAAAUUCAACGUGCUGUUAACAACUUACGAGUACAUCAUUAAAGACAAAGGGGUUUUAUCUAAGAUUCCGUUCAAAUACAUGAUAAUCGACGAAGGUCAUCGUAUGAAGAACCACCAUUGCAAACUGACGCAAGUACUGAAUUCGCAUUACCUAGCCCCGUACCGGUUACUUCUAACCGGUACCCCGUUACAAAAUAAACUUCCGGAACUCUGGGCUCUACUCAACUUUCUACUACCUUCGAUAUUCAAGAGUUGUUCUACAUUCGAACAGUGGUUCAACGCUCCGUUCGCUACCACAGGAGAAAAGGUGGAAUUGAACGAAGAAGAAACCAUCCUGAUCAUUCGACGUCUGCACAAGGUGUUGCGUCCUUUUCUUCUGAGGCGGUUGAAGAAAGAGGUCGAAUCUCAGUUGCCAGAUAAAGUGGAAUAUAUAAUUAAAUGCGACAUGUCCGGUUUGCAAAAAGUGCUCUACCAACACAUGCAGAGCAAAGGUGUUUUGUUAACCGAUGGUUCGGAAAAGGGCACCAAAGGUAGAGGCGGAGCGAAGGCUCUGAUGAAUACAAUUAUGCAAUUGAGGAAACUCUGCAACCAUCCGUUUAUGUUUCAAAACAUCGAAGAGAAAUAUUGCGAUCACGUCGGAAUCGCCGGUGGAAUUGUUUCGGGACCUGAUACAUAUAGGGUAUCCGGAAAGUUUGAAUUAUUAGACCGAAUUUUGCCUAAACUCAAAGCCACCAACCAUCGAGUGUUGCUCUUCUGUCAAAUGACCCAAUUGAUGACCAUCAUGGAGGAUUAUUUCAACUGGAGGGGUUUCAAAUAUUUGCGUUUGGACGGUACAGUGAAAUCCGAAGACAGAGGGGACCUUCUAAAGAAGUUCAACGACAAAGGCAGCGAUUAUUUCCUGUUUUUGCUAUCGACAAGAGCCGGUGGUUUGGGAUUGAAUCUCCAAAGUGCCGAUACCGUUAUUAUAUUCGAUUCGGAUUGGAAUCCACAUCAGGAUCUUCAAGCUCAAGAUAGAGCUCACCGAAUCGGCCAGCAAAACGAAGUAAGAGUCCUGCGUUUGAUGACAGUAAACUCAGUAGAAGAACGAAUAUUAGCAGCAGCUAAAUACAAACUCACCAUGGACGAAAAAGUCAUCCAAGCCGGCAUGUUCGAUCAGAAAUCCACCGGCUCGGAGCGCCAGCAGUUCCUGCAGAGCAUCCUGCACAACGACGGCAGCGACGAAGAGGAGGAAAACGAGGUGCCCGACGACGAGUGCGUGAACCAGAUGAUCGCCCGAAGCGAGGACGAGUUCCAGCUGUUCCAAAAAAUGGACGCCGAGCGAAAGGAGGAGGAAGAGAAGCUCGGUCAAGUGAAGAAGUCUCGAUUGAUACAGGAGUGCGAAUUGCCCGAUUGGCUGACGAAGCAAGUGGACGAGGUCGAUGCGUGGGGUUACGACGAUGCCGACGCCUUCCUCGGAAGGGGUUCCAGGCAGAGGAAGGAGGUCGAUUAUGCUGAUAGUUUGACUGAAAAGGAGUGGUUGAAGGCUAUCGAUGAGGAUGGCGAUUACGACGACGACGAGGAAGAGGAGAAGGAGAUAAAGAAGAAGAAGGGGAGAAAGCGGAAGAAACGCGACGAUUCCGACGAUGAAAUGGCCGCUUUUACGAGGAAACGUAAAUUGCCGCAGAGCCAAAUCGAAGCGCAACUGAAGAGGAAAAUGAGGAAACUCAUGGCUAUUAUUAUAAACUACAAAGACAAAGAUGGCCACCAACUUAGCGAUCAAUUCAUCAAACUCCCUCCGAGGAAAGAGUAUCCGGACUAUUACACGAUUAUCAAAAAACCAAUUGAUAUAACCAAGAUACUGAACUACAUAGACGACGGCAAGUAUUCGGACUUCACGGAUCUAGAGCGGGAUUUCAUGUUGAUGUGCCAGAACGCGCAGAUCUACAACGAAGAGGCUUCGAUGAUACACGAGGACAGUAUCGUUCUUCAAUCGGUUUUCUCGAGCGCUAAACAGAAGAUCGAAAGUACUCCAGAUUCCGAGGAGGAAAAGGAAGAGAAUAAUUCAGACGGGGAGCUGAGCAAGAGUAAAAUCAAGCCGAAGGUGAAACGGAGCCGAGGACGGCCGAGGAGAUCGGCCAAAAAAUAUAUAUCUGAUGAUGAUGACGACGAUUGAGAGGAUUAAAUUGCGAUUAGUCGUCGAAAGGAGAGAGAGUAGUAAUUAAUUAAGCGAGUUUGUUUGUUGGAUUGAUCUGAUUAAGUUCAAUAAUUGUAUUAUUUUUUUCGAAAAAGCAAGAUAGGUGAAAUUAGAAAGGUUGUAAUUAAGCGUGCAUGUGUUCUAAAGAUUUUGAGGUUUUGAGAUCUGCAGGUAUCAUGUCUUGACCUAAAAAUUACCUUCGUAAUUCUCUUAUUUAGCGCUUCGUUUAGCAAUUAAAAAUACAUAAUGUAUUUUGAUUUGAAUGAGUAAUUUCUUUUUAUCUUAAUAUUCGUAAUUUCUUAGAACACAUAACUACAAGAAGAUAAAUAGCUCAGAAAAUUAUAUAACAGUUAUUUAAUUUUUAGUUCGCUUGGGGUUUUAUGAUAUUUGUAAUAUUAUUUUGUAAACAUUUUUAAAGGCGAGGGUUAGAUACACGAAUGUAAUAUUUGUUCGUUAUUAUUACAUUUUAAUUAUUGUACUAAGCGUGCGUCGAAUUUACUAUAUUUUAGAAAGUUAUGCUUACUUUAGGUGCACUGUAAUGUAGUUCGAACUGUAUCAAAGUGCCUCUUUCACCCAAUAACAACAUAUAAUUCAUCGGUAUGAAAUUUAAUCACACCUAAAUAAUUAUAUUAUCUAUGUAUACGCGUAAACUGUGAACGAUAAACGCCUAUUUUCUACAGAAAUCGUCGAUUUCAUACACACUGACUUCACGUAAAAAUUUAGUCUAUUUUAUGUGGAUGAAGGAUAUUGGUAAUUAGAUUUUCCGCUUGUCUGUAAAAUACAGGAGUGUAAUUUUGUAUUAGAGAACUCUUAGACAUUAAAAUAUUUGUCGAAUUAAUUCCUCGUUUCAUUGAAGAAUUCUAGUAUAUCGGUUUAACACAUUUAUUGCACUAUACAUGUUAGACAUGCAGGAAGUAAUAGAAAAAAUUAAAUAUAUUGCACUUACAAGUAUAUGGGCACCAUAAAAGCCAAGUCAAUGUUUUAUUCUGAGUAAUUUUGAAAUCGAAAAACAAUUCUCAUAGAAUUCCAUUGAUAAAUCAUCAGAAUAAAAUGUGACUACAACACGAGAUCAAUGAUUACAUGUAGGAGUUCCGUAAAAUAUUCCAUAUUAAAUUUUAGUUAUAUUAAAUACAACUAAUUUCUAUUAACCGGAAGGAAGAGUUUAAAAUAGCUAUAUAUUUUAUACCAUUAAAAUGGAAUAUGAUAACACACAGAAGCUUUGAGCCAUAAAUUUCGAAAAUACUACAUUUAUACAGACCUGAAUAACUAUGUGGUAAAAUAUCAAUUUCCAAUUAACCACAAGGAAUAAACAGCAAAAAUAUUUUUCAAUUCAAUAUAAAAAGUAAACGAAACUAAAUUAUCACAGCAUCACAACCAAGUUUCCUCAAUUAUUGACGUAACCGCAUAAAAAUUGAGCCAACAAAUACUUCCUCCAAUAGAUCAUCAGGUCUGUUUGUCUUACAAAACGGAAUUUACUCCUUAAAAUACUGAUUACACUAUCGAGAAUGAAUUAAAUCGGACAACUACCGGGGUAAAUUCAUCAUAUUACACUUCACCAUCUUCCACAUCAUCAUCAGUCUUCAUCAUCCUCCUCUUCCUCGGAAAUGUAUUUCUUCUGGAUACGUUUCCGCCUGCUGCCCGCCCCACUCGUGUUACUGGGCUUCUUAUUCUUCAGCUUUAUCUUCAUUUUAACCGCCGAUUCGUUGUCGGAGGCUUCCUUGUCCUCUUCAGGUUCCGACUCCCCGUUGUCGGUUUCGAUUCUUUGCUUGGCAUUCGAGAAUACCGAUUGUAAAACGAUGCUGUCUUCGUGGAUUAGAGAGGCUUCUUCAUUGUAGAUCUGGGCGUUUUGGCACAGCAACAUGAAGUCCCGUUCG